AUGUCCGAUGCUGAACUUCACCUAAAUGUGAAGAGAAACAUUUCCGGUCACAUUACCAAGAUCGAUGGUGUGGCAUUUAGGAUUCUUGUAGCGUUCGCUAAUCGCUAUAACUUCACGUACUCAAUUCUACAGGUCAACGAUACGCGAUUAGAGAAGCAAAGCGAAGCGCUCCCCGGUCUCGCUUACUACCUUCAAACUGGAAAAUGUGAUUUGAUCAUCGGUGCCCUGGUGAUGACGCCUGCCCGGUACGCACUGAUGGAUUUCGCGGAAGGAUACGACUAUUCAUCCGUCGUUGUUCUCAUUCCAAUGCCGGAAUCAUCAAACAACGGAGCCGCAAUCUUUCUACCUUUCCAGCUCUACGUUUGGAUUGGAUUGUUGAUUAUAAUUCCUCUUACGGCUGUAGCAAUCUGUUUUUCAAUCGAACCUGUCAAUCGGAUGACACAGACCGAUGAGAAUGUUACAAUCGAUCAGCCAGUAGUAAGCAACAAGAUUGGCCGUUUUUUAUUGACAACUAGAAUCGUUUUCAUUCAGAUGAUGCGCAUUCUUCUGAAUCAAGGGGCAUACUUUCCACGUAUGCGAACUGCAGCUUAUUUCGUUGUUGGGUCAUGGUGUCUGGGGGCUUUAAUACUCGGAUGCGCCUAUAACAGCCUUUUAGUUUCUUACAUCCUGGGAUUGAGCAAUGCUGAACCACUUGUCGACUAUAUCUUUGACCUUGCUCGCAAUUCGAAUGUUCAACUUGUAGUGGACAAAGGGCGUGGGACCGAAUUAUUUCUUUUGACUGCCAAAAUAGGGCUUUACAAACAACUAGGAGAUAAAUUACGAUCCCAGUCGAAAUCCAAUUGCGCAACGCGUCAAGAGUGCAUCGACCUCGUGAAAUCAGGAUCUUAUGCGUAUCUAAAUGUAAUUUUACUAGGGAUGUCAGAUAAUAAGGAAAUGAUUUAG